AUGGCUUCUUGUUUCUUGAGAGUUCUCACCUCUGGUUUCCUCUUGGCAUCACUUAUCGUAUUGACGACCAAUACGGCCACUUCAGAGAUGUUGAUGCCUAUAGUCUUGCCAAUGUCUUUCACAUUGUACCACAUUGCUACUGGAAAUAAGUUGAUGGGUGAUGUAAAAAGCUAUUUGGACUUCCUUGGUGACCAGAUAAUAUCAUAUAUAUUGGCCACUGGUGCAGCCGUAGGAUUCGGUGCUACAAAAGAUAUGAAAUCAAUAUUUGCAGGGUCGGGAAAUGUUGACGAAUUCUUCAACAAGGGCUAUGACUCUGCCAGUCUGCUCCUCCUGGGAUUCGUCUGCACUGCAAUAUUAUUGGUCUGGAAAAUUUUGGCCUAG